AUGGACUGGGUGAUCAGGAAUAAACAAGUGCAGGUGGUUGGAGCUUUCGAGUACAGAUGUUGGUCUCCUGCGUCUGAAGAAGGACACUUCCUGCUGGACUUCAAUGUGCACUCGUGUUGGGAGUUCUCUGGCUUCCUCUGCUUCAUCUCCACCUCUGCUCUGGUCCUUUUCACUCUUCUCUCCUCCUUCUGCUAUCAAUUUCUGCGAUGGCAGCUGGUCUAUGGCUUCUACCUGCUGCAGGCGUAUCUCUACCACAGUAGGAAGAGGAGCCAGGGCUGUGCGGACGCCUACGAUGCCUUUGUGUCCUACAACGUGCACGAUGAGCACUGGGUUUACGAAGAGCUACUGCCUGAACUGGAGGGACGACAGGGCUGGAGGCUGUGUCUGCACCAUCGGGACUUCCAGCCUGGGAAAGCCAUCAUUGAGAACAUCACAGACGCCAUCUACAGCAGCAGGAAGACUCUGUGUGUGAUCAGCCGCCACUACCUGCAGAGCGAGUGGUGCUCACGGGAGAUACAGAUGGCCAGCUUCCGUCUGUUCGACGAGCAGAAGGACGUGCUGGUCCUGUUGUUUCUGGAGGACCUCUCGUCCAAUCAGCUGAGUCCGUUCUACCGCAUGAGGAAGCUGGUGAAGAGCCGCACGUACCUGAGCUGGACCCAGGCCACGAGACACAAGGGCCUUUUCUGGGAGAAGGUCCACAGAGCUCUGGAGCCAGACCCCGAGGCUGAGGACCACCACCCUCUCACUGCUCAUUAG